CAGCAACCCACCAAACGCCCGGGAGCCUACUCAACAAACCCAUUUCUUUCCCCUUUCCCUUCCGCCGUCUCCCUCCCUCCCUCAUUCCUUCCUUCCCCUCUCGUCUCCACCUGCCUCCUCCGCCUCUCAAAGGCGAGGUCGGUCAAACCCCGAGCCGGCCGGAGGAGCUAGCCAGGGAGGCUCUCGGAUCCGAGCUGCUUCCUCCCACCGCCAGACGCCCCGGAUCUACCGCAAAGAUCUAAACCCACCACCAGCAGCGGGCGGCCUCGCCGCGGCAGCGUCAGACAUGUCGUCGAGCACGAUCCGCAAGGCGCUGGGCGCGGUGAAGGACCAGACGAGCAUCGGGCUGGCCAAGGUGACCAGCAACAUCGCGCCGGAGCUCGACGUGCUCAUCGUCAAGACCACCAGCCACGACGACGAGCCGGCGGAGGAGCGCCACAUCCGGGAGAUCCUGCACCUCACGGGCGGCUCCCGCGCGCACGUCGCCGCCGCCGUCGCCGGCUGCUCCAAGCGGCUCUCGCGCACCCGCGACUACGUGGUCGCGCUCAAGUCGCUCAUGCUCGUGCACCGCCUGCUCACCGACGGCGACGCCUUCUUCCACCGCGAGCUGCUGCACGCCACGCGCCGGGGCACGCGCCUGCUCAACCUCUCCGACUUCCGCGACGAGGCGCACUCGGGCUCCUGGGACCACUCCGCCUUCGUCCGCACCUACGCGCUCUACCUCGACCAGCGCCUCGAGUUCCUCCUCCACGAGCGCAAGCAGGGCGCCGCCGGCGCACCCAACGGCAAUGGCAACGGCAGCCUCAAUGGGCCGUCGCCGCGGGACAAGUGGGGAUCGCCGGACCCCUACGGCCGCCGCUCGCCCUCCUACAGCUCCCCGCCGGGGAACGGCUACGGAGGCUACGACGACACCCGCGACAGGAACACCCCCGCGGCGGACGACAAGAGGCCGCCCACCCCCGUGCGGGACAUGAAGCCCGAGCGGGUCCUCGGCCGCAUGCACCACCUGCAGCAGCUGCUCGACAGGUUCCUCGCCUGCCGCCCCACCGGCGGCGCCAAGCAGAGCAGGAUGGUGCUCGUCGCCCUCUACCAGAUGGUCAGGGAGAGCUUCCAGCUCUACGCCGACAUCUGCGAGGUGCUCGCCGUGCUGCUCGACAGGUUCUUUGACAUGGAGUACGCCGACUGCGUCAAGGCCUUCGAGGCGUAUGCAAGCGCUGCCAAGCAGAUCGACGAGCUCUGUUCGUUCUAUGCUUGGUGCAAGGACACCGGGGUCGCGAGGUCGUCGGAGUACCCGGAGGUGCAGCGUGUCACUGAUAAGUUGCUCGAGACGUUGGAGGAGUUUAUGAGGGACAGGUCCAAGCGCGCCAAGAGCCCACCACGGGAGCCCGAGCCUGAGCCUGUCAAGGAGGAAGAGCCUGAGGUGGACAUGAACACCAUCAAGGCCCUCCCUGCACCAGAGGAUUACAAGGAGCCUGAGCCCGAGAAGGUGGAGGAAGUGGUGAAGCCAGAGCCCCCGCCGCAGCCCCAGGGUGACUUGGUUGAUCUCAGGGAAGACACGGUGAGUGCAGAUGAGCAAGGCAACAGGCUUGCUCUGGCUCUCUUCCAGGGGCCACCUGCUGCUGGUGGUGGCACCAAUGGGUCAUGGGAGGCCUUCCCUUCCAACGGUGGCAACGAGCCGACAUCUGCGUGGGAUACACCUGCGGCUGAGCCUGGGAAGGCAGAUUGGGAACUCGCCCUCGUGGAGACGGCGAGCAACUUGUCCAAGCAGAAGGCUGUAAUGACAGGUGGUAUGGAUCCUCUGCUGCUGAACGGUAUGUAUGACCAAGGUGUCGUGCGCCAGCAUGUCAACGCGCAGGCAACCAGCGGGAGCUCCAGCAGCGUCGCGCUACCUGCGCCUGGAAAAACACAGAUGCUGGCUCUUCCAGCACCAGACGGUUCGAUGCAGAACGUCGGCGGGGACCCAUUCGCGGCAUCCCUCACCUUCGCGCCACCAUCCUACGUGCAGAUGGCGGAGAUGGAGAAGAAGCAGCAGUUCUUGACACAGGAGCAGAUGAUGUGGCAGCAGUACCAAAGGGACGGCAUGCAGGGCCAAUCUAGCUUGACAAGGCUCGACCGGACCUACAACAAUGGUUUCGGUCCGAACCCAGCCAUGCCGUACGGGAUGCCGAACGCGCCGAUGGCGAACCCCGGGUAUUACUACCCCACAUACUGAGCUAUUCUUUGUUCAUCCCUUACAGUUCCCUGUGAAUUUUGUUCUGUAUUUUGUGAUCUUACACCUCGGGGCUGUGUGUGUCCAGCAUCAGCUGCUGUUGUUCCCGUCUCUGGAUCAAGCCUUUUGGUCUCUCUUAUAUAUGUAAUUCUAUUUGUUUGGAACCAAAUGCGGCACGCAUCUGAGGGCGGUUAUAGUUGAUUACAUGAUAUGAGCUGAUGUUCUU